AUGCUGGACCUCAUCAUCCUCUGCCUCCAUUUCUUCAUAUGCUUUCUCAUCUCUGUUGCGAUCUGGCAUGGAUCCAAGGAUGUGGAUUUGCACAGCCCAAGCACAGGAACAGCUGAAACAGUGCCAGAUGGUCUUAUAUUCAUUGGCAAAGAAGAGGACAUAAAGAAGUCCAAAAGAAUAACAGCCAAAGUUGAUGGCAGAGAAAUUGUGAUUUUCUACCAUGAGGGGAAAUUUCAUGCUCUGGACUCUCGCUGCUACCAUGAAGGAGGCCCUUUGCGUCUUGGAGAAAUAGAGGAUAUUGAUGGUCAAGCAUGUAUUGUUUGCCCUUGGCAUAAGUUUAAAAUUACCUUGGAAACAGGAGAAGGAUUAUAUGAAGGAAUAAACCCUUUGGAGCCAUCACCAACACCAAAAUGGCAAUCAAAAGGAGUCAAACAAAGGGUUCAUAAGGUCACAAUAGAGAAUGGAAACAUUUAUUUGAGUCCUCCAGACCUGUCUGUGAGCUUUGACUCUGAUUAUUUUGCUGACAAGUACAAAAAUAGCAGUGAUUUAGCUAUGGAAGAACAAAGCCACUCACAAGCAGCAGAGUAG